UCAGGGUAGAAUGAGCUUUUUUCCAUUAUUUAUUAUUGAAUAUUGUACAUUUAAUUCAAUUAGUUUAACUGCUGCUAGAAUGUAGGAGGAAUCUUGUAGCAUACGGCAAAGUCAUGCGUCACAUUCUAACUCACAUGAACCUGAAUACUUCCUUCAGCCAAUCGCGAACUGAGCAACUGCUCCUACAAAGAUGACAGAACAGACACAAGACGCGCAGCUCCUUACUAACUAACUAGAAUUAGUACAACAAAAAUGAGGAACGAUAACAUAGUACCGUCAUAUGUGGAUUAACAAAAAUAGCCUUUAUUUGAAUAAUUUAGAGGCGGUUUGAACGCUCUCCCUUUCCGCGAUCCACCGGUCGUAAAAAAAAAAAAAGUUUCGUCACACUUCGUUUGCGCAGCAGCCAAAAGCCACCUCUAGUCCACUGCCCCGUUCUUCACGACGUUUAACCCCGAACUGGUGAACUGUCCAGUUCUACCUCAGACUCAGUCUUACCCCGGUAUAGGCAAACUCCUAGAGGGCAGGAUUGUUUUUGUGACGUGAAACUGGAUUACGGAUAAUUGCGCGUAAAAUAGCGAACGUCAGAUGCCAUGUGCGGGAAGGGCGGACAAAUAGCAGGAAUUACGCACCGCCAAGACAUGAAAUCUCUUCUCGUAUUAAUCACCCUGUGUUUCAUUAUAGGUUUGACAUUGGGUCGAAAGGUAUUACUACCAACAGGCCCUCUGAUCCGAGUGGAGGGUGAGACACUGUCUUUACGUUGUGAAGUGUCGGAUUAUCAGGGCCCCAAGGAGCAGGAUUUUGAAUGGAAAGCAACAAAUGGGUCAAAAACCAUUCAGGUUGUCUCCACAUUUGACCCUUCGUUUCCAGACCAGUCUUUAAAGUCCCGGGUAUAUACUGGUGACAUCAGUGUGGAAAGAAUUAGUGAAAGUACAGUGGAUUUGAGGAUUAAAGAAGCCAGGGUAACUGACAGUGGCAAUUUCACUUGCAGUACCCUCAGCACAGAUUCUGUUAUCAGUGGAAACUAUGAGGCACACGUUCUGCUGAGAGUAAUUCGUAAUACGCUGGUUGUGGUUCCUGAAGUUCCAGCCCCUUCAGUCCAUGAGAGCAGAUCAAUCAAUCUUCACUGCAACAUCACUCAAGACUUCACUGAAGGAGUUUACCUAUCAGUGACAUGGUCUGUUAAAAAGAAUCAGUCACUAGAGCAGGAUAUCCUUACUUUUGGCCCUGAUUCAGGUCUUAAUGUUGGAAAGAAUUUUACCCAGCGUUAUGCAGGUGGUGAAAUACGUCUACAUAUGGAAAAUACUGGUUCCUACAGCCUGGUGUUGUCUGGAGCAGUGUCAGAAGAUCAGGGGAUAUAUGUAUGCACUGCAAAACAAUGGAGCAGAGAGCAGGGCACAUGGACCAUGAUACAGGAAAAGGCAGAGGUCAUAGGUGAAGUGGCUGUUAUCCCAGCAGCUGAAUCCCUCAUUGUACAAGUCCUGGAUAGUCCCAUCCUUAAAACAGGAGACAAUCUGAAUCUCACUUGCUUGGUUUCUGCAUAUGACCUUGCUGCCUUAGAUCUUGAGGUGACAUGGCUGCUAAAUGAGACACAUAUUCUGACCCACCUUAGUCGUGAUGGAGUGGUGGCAAAAACCUCAGAUAUAUUUAGCAUUAACCAGGUUGGAGAUGGUAAUUUUAGGCUGGAGAUCCACAGCGUUGAGCUGUCUGAUAAGGGACUUUACUUAUGCAGGGUGAGGGCAUGGAUACAACAGAGCAGGGGAAAAUGGUACCAGGCUGCAGAGAAGACAUCAGCCCCUGUGCAAGUCUUGAUAACCCAACAAGAUCCAACAUUUACUGUGACAUUCAAAUCUCCAGUCAUAGCCCAGUAUGUAGGUGAUCCCACAGAGCUUGUGUGUCAAGUGUCCAACAUUUCCCAAUUCUGGGGCAAACGAUUGAGUGUCUGUUGGUUCUAUUCUGUUGCCUCUUCUGAUGGUGGGCACGUUGGCACUGAUGUUAUUGCCUCACUGAAUGAAAAUGGGGCUAUCAUUCCCAGUGAUAAAUAUAGGGACCGCAUUGAUUCGGGUCUCAUCCUGGUAACCCGAAUUGAGCCAGCUACCUUCAAGCUCCGCCUUCUUCACACCACAAAUGCAGAUGUAGGUGAAUAUGUCUGUAGUGUCGCAACAUGGACACUCACUCGCCUUGGCAUCUGGAAACAUACAUCAGAACAACAAACUCAUGGACUAAAAGUCAGCUUGGCCUCGAAGGGCCCUGGCAUCAGUGUAAUCGCCCGACACAUACGACAAGCAACUUUCAGUGGAUCCACUUUUGAAAUGAACUGCCUGGCUAAACAUAAGAACCUCUGGGAUGGUGUGUCCCUUUCUGUUCACAUAUUGGUCCAGUAUGGUGUAGGUGCCCCGAGUCGGAAACUUGCUUCAUUCAGCCCUGACCUGGUUCUGAAGUUAGAGGACUGGUUCGAGUCAAGUCGACAGGACAGCCUGAGUCUGAUGAAGACUGGCAACAUGGAGUUCGUAUUCCGAAUUCAGGGUGUGCAGAUGAUGGAUAGAGGAUUCUACUACUGUGAAGUUGCAGCAUGGACUAAGCCAGAUGGGAAGAACUGGGUAGAGAUGACGAAAGGAGAGUCAAAUAAAAUUCAGAUUAACUUUGAGCACACAAGGCCAUCAUUUGACCUUUCCAUCAUGUCAGACACUACCAGUGUGUACCCCUGGGAAACGGUUAAGAUAGAUUGCAUUAUCACUGUAAUAGGAACUUCCAGCACAGACAAUGUUGCAUAUGAAAUACGAUGGUAUCAUGGGAGUCAUUUUCAGGGAUCAGACAGCUUCGUUCUGCUGACCAGUAUAGAUCAUUUGGGUGUGGUAAGGAAAAGCCCUCGUAAUGACACCAGUGACUGCAGUCUGGAGCGUCUCAGAACCCGAACCUUUACCCUCACCAUUCAUGGCACCCAAGACAGUGAUGCUGGCGAGUAUUAUUGUACUGCCACACCAUGGAUACGAUCAACCACAAAAGAUAAUUGGAAUAAAGAACCAGAGAUCAUAUCCAAGAGGUUCUUUCUUAAUGUCAAAUUUGCAUUAUGGGAUUCAAUGAAAUUACCCUUGCUUUAUGGGACCUGUACAUCCCUCACUAUGGGUCUCUUUUCUCUUAUUCUGGGCCUCCUCUGUACUAUGUGCUGCUGCAGAAACACUACACACACUAAAAACCCUCCACACACUCGCAUCAAGCUCAUCAACCCACAGAAUGAUUGACAUGUACUACAUGAAGCAGAUGCUUGUUUGCAUCUUCAACAAAGCACUAAGAUGACUAAGUAAUGUUUCAGAGAUUACAUUUCUCUGUUAUUCACAAGUGGACCCUAUUCACAGCUGACGAUGGAACCAGAGAAGAUACUCAAACAGAAAAUGCACCUAUGGCAUUUGUUUGAUUUAUAUUGUGAUACUCUGCAAAAAUAAUAAUAAUUUAAUAAUGACUUUGGUUUUGUAGAUUUAAUCUUUAAUAAGAUUUACCAAGAAGGUUUUAUAGAAAUGACUACAGAAAUACCAAUCCUGACAACCAGGAUCAAUGUUUAAUGUUCAAAGACUUUAGUGCCAGUGGAUGUCUCUGAGUACUAACAAUAAUUAACUGUGAAAACUCUUUUAACCAGUUAACAUGUUUGACACAUACAUGGUUUCUGUUUUUAAAUAUUGGUAUUGUUUUUGUUUUUUUGUUUUUUGUUGUUUAUUUAGUCAAGUUUUUAUAAAAUUCUAUUGUGUGGUA